AUGGCCAAGAAAAAACUAGCAAAAGCCUUGAGAAGAUCACAAAAAGAAGAUUUGAUAUCUUUAAAAAAUGGUGUUUGUUUAUUUUAUCAUUUUUUCUAAAAUUGAAUCGUCUAGGUAGUGAAGAAGAGCCCCAAAGUAAGUCUCAUUCUUCGAAGUCAAAAAAAGCUGCCGAAAAAGAUGAUUUCGACUUUCCUCUGAUAAUUGAUUGUCAGGCAGACGAAAACUCCAAUCCUCGGAAACUGAAUGACGCCACUGAUCUUAUCCAUGAAAAAAACGUUAGUUACCUUGAAUUUAUCUGAAAUUAACAAUUUUUUGGCCUGAUCAGAAAAAAGGAAACACCUUUUACAGUGGUCGCUAACGUCGAUGAAGUCUUUUUUUUUCAUUUUCGGAUUUGAAUUUCAGCAGACAGCCGGUUCUGCUGAAGGCUCUGCGAGCGAAUUGAAGGCGGCUGUAAAAGAGUUUCGAAAUUCUUCUUCAGAAAAAGCUCGGGCGUGUAAUUUGGCGUUCAUAAACGCUUAUAUUUCUGAGAAAACGUAUAUUCAACGAUAUCACUUGCGCCAAAAACUUAUCGGUUAGGCACUUUUUGUUACCAAAGUUUCAAUGCUUUGCAGAAUUUGGUCUCUUUUCGGAACUUCGUUCCCCGUCUGUUCAGAAGGUCAAAGAAGCGUCUCUGAUGAAAGAAGUUCGCAUUUUUCUCAACAGAGAGUUGAAAGACUAUGAAUUGUUCAGUUUGGAUGUCAAGGAAUUUUUCGUUUUUAACAAAACCUUCUUAGAUGAAAAAAUGAGCCCCAUAAACUGUCUUUGGAGGAUAAAAGAGAGAGCCGACCCCGCCACGUGGAAAAAUUUGGUCAGUUUUCAAAAACGUAUCGAAAUUGCUUUUUGGAUAUUUCAGCUUGAUUUUUUUGAAUUUCUUUCAAAUUGCGAGCGAAUGUCUCAGUACUUAGUGACAGGACGGACUCUAUCCGAUGCACAAGUUCAGACUGAAACUCCGUCCUUUAUGGAUGCCAAAACGGCCGCUCUUCCACGUGAGACCUCUCCUCACUUUGAUUCGGAAUAACUCGCGAUUCAGGUGUUCGACAUCGAAGCGUUGCGGUGAAGUUACCUGUUAAGGUGUGUCUGGAGGAAGACAUACCGGUAAGAAGGUCUUUUGGCGAGAAAUUAUGAAAUAUUCUCAGGAAACUGAUGUCGCAGCUUCGACCCUAUCUCACUCUUUCACCCAAGCUUCUACUCCCAGGAGGUGACUUUUUUCUAGCCAUGACAGCGCCUAUAGAAGCGCGUUAGUGUUUUUGGAAUACUCAUUUUUAUUUGAAGUUGAAAACAACAGUGGAACAGUGAGCUCACUCAAAAAAACUAACAUGAUUCAAGAUUUUAUGAAAAUAUCUGAAUCAAUAGGACCGUAAAUUUACCAAGAUUGUAGUGAGAAAGAUAAUGUUUUAUUUCAAUUCUGUUCUUUUUUUAACAGUUCGUUAUCAUCUUUUGACCAAUUGAAAUAUUACAUUUAUUUUUUAUAAUCACGUGAAAAAUGCCAUACCUAAUCUGCCAGGAAGGGAAAUGUUUUCAUUUCGAUUUUUAGGUUUGCACAGAAUAUUUUUUUGAAGCAAUUUCAGAUGUAGCAAAGCAUGAUCUAGCAAAAAAAGAUUUUCAGUGUUGAGUUAUAGACCAAAAAAAGAUUGCGUCAUGAUAAAUUUAUAUUUAGACUUGUUGAAUAUUUGAAAAGAUUUUGAAUAUAAGUAAAACCUUCGAAAUAAUAUAUCUCCUCAGUCUUGCCAACCCCCCCGCCUCCCUCAAAAAAAUGAAAAAAAUGAUAAGAUAUAAUUAGACGGUAUGCCACUGUCUCUGGGCGUUUUUGAAAUUGAAAAAAAUAUUAAACAGUUAUAGGAAAUUUGUGCAGAAGUAAAACCAUUAUGAAAUACUUAUUCUCCGAUAAAGUUAUUAUUUCUGAAAUCACUUAAGUUAAAAGGACGUCAGUUGUCAACUGACAUUAAACUGACUUGAAAAAAAAUGGUUGAAUGUAAAACUAAGCAGACUCAGUUGAAAAACUUUUUUUCACCUAGGCCGAUGGAGGAAAACGUCGAGUCCCACUCAUUCAUCUACCGCUUCUCGACGCGCGAAGCCAAAAAUUCGUCAUCCACCCUUUCGGCUUUGAGCAGUUCUCCGAUGUCGACGCAAGGCCUCACUUCGAAAAACUCGACGCCGAAGCAUCUGCCGUCGCUCUGCGAGUACGACGAGCUCUCUGGCGAUACCAAGUCAGCGACUCCGCGAAGCAUGGACAGUCACGACGUCUACCUCACGCCGACGCUUUCCAUCCAGACGCCAGAGAGAAGAGACGAAGGAGAUGAUCAGAAGAGAGUCCGCAGCACGUCUUUUGCCGACUUCAGCUUUUCAUCCAAUGGAGCCACUCCCUCACCUCUAACGAAAGUAAAGGUCAAGGAAAACGAUACGGGUUUGCCCAUUUCACGAAUAACGUCUCCUAAAGUGAAACGUCCCGAUCGCUCCAAAUCGACACCUGUCGACUGUUCUUCUGCUCUUAUUCAAUUUUCCAUGCCGACUGUGACUGAUUCGCCGUCUCCAUCCCAAGAAAAAGUUGCAGAGAUAAAAAGUGACGACAACCUACCGCCUGUGACUGGAGGGCCGCCACCUCCCGCGCCUCCGACGUCGAAGAUAAAAAAUUUGGACGAAACGCCUCUGAACGGAUGUUCUACAGUGGAUUCAAUGCUUCCUCCUGUGUCUGGAGGCCCACCAGCACCUCCUCCGCCACCUCAGAAGCUGAAUAGCUCUGACGCAGACAAUGCACUACCACCAAUAACUGGGGGUCCAUCCGCUCCUCCUUUGAUUGAAAUGAAUAAUAGUCUUAUGAGGGGAAUGCUGCCACCAGUUACGGGAGGCCCAUCAGUACCUCCGCCGCCGCCUUUCUCUCAGGUGAUUUUCUAUUCUCGUAUCGACCAAAACUUGAUAGAUUUUUGAAAAAAUUUGCUUUUGACCUUGAGCUUUUUUUCUUAUAAAGCAGAAAAAAAUUUAUUGAAAAAAGGUUUUUUUUUUUCUGGAACAAUUCAAAAAUUUCCUCAGCCGAUGUAUUUUUCAGUAAUAGCUGAGUCAAGAUACUACUGCGUUAUCUGAGAUUUUUUGCGCAUUACUUCUGAUUUUGUCAACACCCUAUUACAUAUUCUCAAACUUGCGGUGACUAUUUUCGAUUCAUAAAAUGCGUUUCGAAGGCUUAAAUUCAUCAGCUUUUUUUUUCCGAACUUUUCGAUUUUCUGAAAAAGUUCUAUGUUUUUACAAUCUUAGCAGAUCAAAAAAAUUUUUUUCUAAUCGAAAUAUAAUUUUUUUCUUUCGAUUUUACAGAAUGGAAGCAUUCCACCUGUUUGUUCUGCACCACCACCACCACCGCCACCGCCUUCUUUUUCACAGGUGAUUUCAAAGCCUCAGUUUUUUUUUUCAAAACUCAUCAUUCCUUUUGAGUCUUUAGAAUGGCAAAAUACCUCCGAUAUGUUCUGCUCCGCCGCCGCCACCUCCUCCGCCGCCUCCUCCUCAGAUGACGUCAGCAGGUACUUCUGGAGCAGGACCUCCACCUCCGCCUCCACCGCCGCCGCCCGGAUUCUUCAACGCAGCCGGCUCAACAAGUGAGAUUUUUUUCGACGUCAAAUACAAAUAAUACUGUAAAUACUCUUUUUUUCUUAUUUUUGACCCAAUAACCACUCCGUCGCCGUCGGCUGUAAAAUCUUCUAUUGUGUAUCCCAAAGAACGGAAAAACGUGCGUCGUCCGUUGGCAAAAAGCUCAAUCAGUCACAAGUUCAAGGUUUUUGAAUUAUCAAGUAACUGAGAGUGGGAGUUUUUUGUCAAUAAUAGCUUCGCAAGAAUAAAUCAUUUUUAAAGGAACAUCACUUUCAAAUUUCUUUUGAAGAGCUCUAAAGUAAGGAAAGGGACUGCUUAAUACUUUGAAAAAAAAAUUUCCAAAUGUAGACCAAGGCGGGAAAAAAAACACUAUGGAAAGUCCAAAUGGAAAUGAAGGAAAGAAAGUUAUUUUUUCAGGUGCUGGAACCGUAUUCAAUGACUUGUUCUGUGUGGAUUUUAACGCCGAAGAAAGGUCGAAGGUAUGAAAACAAACUUUCUUCAAAUUUAAAGUCUCCUGACAGAUGGAAGAAAUCUUCGAAGAGGCAAGUCUGAAAUCGAACAGGUCUCCUUUGGAAGGCGGGUCUGUCGGCCGUUCUUUUGGUGCAAAAUGCGCUCGGGCGACUGCUUCGGCCUCUUGUGAUUCGCCGUCUCCGACUUCGCUUUUGUCCGCAAACAAGGCUCUGUCCAUCGAAAUCUUCCUCAAGAAGUAUCACUAAACUUUGUACAUAAUGCUUUCGUCAGCUUUUCCUAGAUUGCGGCCUCUGGACUAUAAUCAGCUGAUCGAAAAACUAGAGACCAACAACACCGACGACAUGAAAGUUGAUCUGAUGAACACGCUUUUGACUAUUUAUCCGGAAGUUGAAGAGGUUCUCUUCACGAAUCUCUCUUAUAAUUAACGGACUUGACAGUUGGCUGCUUUUGAACGUGUCGAGUUUCGUACGUUGACUCAUGCCAGCGACCAGUUCUGUUGGCACAUUGCCAGAAAGCCCAGUUUGAAGUUGAGAAUCGAACUGUUGAUUGCCAAAGACACGUUUUCUUCAGAGGUUAAUAAUCUCGGAGUGUUGAUAACUUUUUAUUAGGUUUCAAAGUUCAAAAAUUGGAUCGAAGCUCUUUUCGAGGCGUGUGAAAUGUCGCGAGGACCACUUGUGCAAAAUUUGUUGAGGAAGUGUCUUCAAUACGGGAAUUAUCUCAAUCAGGUAGUUAUUAGCUUGAGAAAUGAAAUCACCAUUCUUAGGGAUCGGUUUGGGCCGAAGCCGCCGGUUUCUCUCUUUCCUCUCUCCCAUCUUUACUCCAACUGAGAGGAAAGGUAGGCUGGGAACUUCAAACAAGAAUAUUUUAUUAUCAGGGACGUCACAGCAAUAUAAGGAUGGCAGAUUUGAUCGCGACGUUCUCAGAUUUUAAUAUUUCUUCGGUUCAAGAAGUUGAAAUGAAAUUGGUUCCAGUCCGGUUUUUUUUUUCUUUAUUUUUUCUUUCCAAACUCAACUACUUUAGAACCUACAUACUCAAUGAGAUAACGCAAGCUGUCGAGCAACUGGAAAAAAUGCUAGGGAAACUGAACGCCGCCAUGAAGGCCACGAAGGACGAAGCCCUACUUAACUCCUAUAAGCCAUUCCUUGAGGUUUCAUUUCUGUUUCCCGAUUUUCUUCACCUCUUCGAAGGACUCGGGCGAAGAGAUCGAGCAAGUGAAACGAGAUUUGGAAGAACUUCGGCGAAGAGAAGCAGAACUGAAGCAGUACCUCUGUGCUGGCAGUUUGAGCCUGCAAAAGAUUUUCGACAUAUUAGAACAAUCGAUGCGACUUCUGCUGGAGGCUCUCAAGGUUUUUCGUUCAAAGACAAAGUAUAGAAGCCGAUCUUUCUCUAUAUUCUUUUAAAACUAUUAUUUCUACACAUUCCUCAGCCAUGUAGACUUUUUCUGCGAUUUCUCUAAUCUUUAACUAUUCAAUGAAUUCUGUGAAUUGGAAUUACACAGACAUCGAAGGCGGCGAUGCAGAGGACGACGUCGAUGCUGACUAUGCCGACGGUGAAGCAGCGCGACGCGGUUCGGAGUCUGCGCAGCGGCGAGCUUCUGGCUCGCAAGUCACUGGCCCUCAAACACCGAGAUCUUCCUGUCGAACAGCUGUGCAAGCUUUUUUCUGCCGUCUGA